AAGAGAAAAGGAGUUUGUUUCACCUGGAGACCGUCCUGCCAGAGGGGGAGCAGAUGGAGUACAUUUGAUCACACUUCUUUCUUUUCAACGCCUGUACGUGGUUCACCAUGUGAUGAUAGCAGUUAUCUGAGUGGGACAUGGAUGACCAGGAUGGCUCCUGGUGGCCUCUGCGGGCGGCGGCAGCGGUCAACUCCAGCAGUGGGGAGGCCGCAGAGCACAGUUUGUCCGAGCGGACCCAGCUGGUCUUGGAGAUCCUCAUGGUGCUUAUGUGUUUGGGCGCUGUGACAGGCAAUAUUCUUGUCAUUGUUAUUGUGGCUGCAACCAAGACUUUCCACUCGGUGACGUCAGUGCUGAUCAUGAACCUGGCCAUCAGUGACCUCCUGGUGGGCGUCGGAGUGAUGCCUUUUGUUGCUUUGUCCAUCAUGAACCGUGGAUGGGUGGAUUAUGCUGACCUCUGUUUGUACGUGGGUUACACCUCCUCUGUGUACUGUACAGCUUCUGUACUGACGUUAGCUGCUAUUGCCCUCGACCGCUACUACUCCAUCAUAGACUGCCUGCGCUACAGCUCCCGCUGCACCCUGUGCAGGACAUGUGGCGUGGUCCUGUGGAUCUGGCUGCAGGCUCUGACAACCAGUUGCCCUCCCCUGUUGGGCUGGAGCUCUGUCAGCUAUGUGGGUCCCAUGUACAGUUGUGCGGUCAACUGGGCCAGCAGUCCCAGCUACUCUGCUUUCAUGGCUGCCCUCUCCUACCUCAUACCAGCAGUGGUCAUCCUGUUCUGCUACGUGAACAUCGUCAAGGUGGCCCGCAGCCAUGCCAGGAGGAUUCAUACAUUGGAGGACUCCGUCCAGCGCAGCAGAAAUCCACACUCCGCCUUCCCUCCUUGUGAUUCAUCUCGCCAGCACUGUGAGAGCCUCCACAGCCCCUCAACACUGAUCUACCAUGUAAGUGGACAGUUUGUGUCUGAGGUCAGUAGAGAAGAGGGGGAUUAUAUCAGUCCUGCUCUCCCUGGUUCUGCUACGGAGCAGAAUAAUCCUUCAUCCAGACGUAUGUUCUCCUUUCUGGCUCAAAGCGCCUCCCAGCCACCCCUGCAGAACUCUCAGCAGCAGAAUAACCACCAGGGACUGGUGCGUCUCUUCCUGGUCAUCUCAGCCUUCUUCCUCUGCUGGACACCUUACAUAGGUGUGGCCCUGAUUCAGGCCACGGAGACUGCAAUUUCAGGCCAGUCCAACCUUGUCCCACCCUCUGCUGUUACUUUUUCGUACUGGCUGGUGUUGCUGAACUCUGACAUCAAUCCACUACUGUACGCUCUGCUUAGCAAGCGUUUCCAGGGCGCUCUUCAGGGACUGAGGCAAAAAAUAAGAGCCCGCCUGGGGAGUGUGGUGGGCAGGGGAGAGGAAGAUGACGGCAGGAGCAGCGACCCUUGCACUCUGACCACCACCCAUCCUGGUCUGCCUUUCAGCUCUGAGACUCCUCACUCCUCCUCCAUUUUUACUGUUAGCGCUGAUUUCAAACGUCAUUCUGAGGAUCUAUGCAAAGUGUGUCGCCAUGAAAACACCUCCCCAUCCUGCUCCAUGUGGCAAGAUGCUGCUGGUGACGACUGCCUGCAGGUCCCCACUCGGCCACAAGAAAGCAGCAGACUACCUUUCUCUGCUCUGACCAGUGAGCAUCAGGCCACUUUCUUCUAUGGCCAGAUAACAGUGAGAGUAGAGCAUGAUGUUUGUUAAUCUGAUUUUGAUUGAUUGACUGAUUGCAAAAAAUUCUUACCUGUGGCAUUCAGACUUGGACUGCAACUAACA